AUGGUUCCUGUGAUCAUAGGGCUGGCAGCCGUGUCCGGAUGCUUCUUCUUGGCCGGAUGCUUUUUCUCGGCUAAGAUUGCUGCUGGUUUCCUGGCACCGCAGACUCUAGUCGAUCCACUGAUGUACUUGGAGGAGGCUUCUAGCGCUGGGGCUCGACUGCCGCCGAGCCGCUGCUCGCUGUGCUUGUGCCCUCCUUGCGCCAUCUCGGGCUAUGAGACGGGAGACCUGCUUCUGGGGACCUGCAGAAGAGAGGCCCUUUUCAGCUGGAUCCCCAUCUUGGGUUCUCUUUAUGCUCUGUAUGCGUGGCGGCCCCGAGACGAGAAUAUCCAGGGCCUGGGGUCCCAGCGCACAGUGCGCUGGCCCCUCGCCACCUCUUCUUUGGUGGGCAGUGCAUGUACCAUUUCUUUCUGGGAGUCUGGAGACAUGAUAACAGGUCUUUGCAGUGGGGAUGCCCGGAGGGCCCUUUGCUGCAUGUUCUUCCUCUGCCCCAUGGCCUGGCCUUGCCACGCGCGCUGGGCCUGGGCACCCCGAGUCAAGAACUUCCGACGAACUUCCGGCACAAUGCAAGACGAUCUUGUGUCUGGAAAUUUCCUCGUUUUCCAGGACCAGCAUGUGGGGGCUAAUGCGAGCUUCCAGCAGCCGGAGCUGUACGCACGUGAUCUUGGCGUCUGUGAAACACUUGAGGAUUGUGUGGCUGCUAUGACUUGUGAAGUAGACGUGGCGGUAUGGAAUCCCGACACGAAAUCACUCAGGGCCCUGGCAGUGCCGCGAAAAGCCAUGUUUUCGGUUCCCUACCACACAGCCGUUGGCUUGACAACUCUGCAACAGAAUUGGAUUCCCCUUCACGCACGACACUUGGACCUGUCCUACGGCCCCAGAGUACACUACCUUGGAGGCAUUGGGACGGCUUGGACGACCCCGGAGUGCUUAGAGCUCUUGCUGAAGCAUCCGAAGGCGAACUACGCCGUGUGGCUGCGGGACCAGGACCAUGUGCUGCACAUCUUCGAUAUCACCCCGAAAGUGAAUGUGCAGGCGCUGCGAUACUACAAGCAGCCCGGAGUCCUCAGCUUCAGGCAUCGCUUUGGGGCUGGGAGCCAUCUGGCUGCAGAGUCUGGCACUGGGCCUCGCCUCGCGGACGCAGAGCAGGAGGUCUUCACCUACUUUGAGGACACCAACGCUUGCUGGCUUCAUGGCAGCAGUGCAGUGGCGAGGCCGAUGAGCAACGCUUUCAGCGCUGAGCGAUGGUGCGAUUUGAGCAAAGUCUCAAAGAACUCCCAGGACUUCCGGAGCAUCCUCACACUGGCUCAGAAAGCCGCCCUCAAAGCUGAGAAGGAGGGCCUGGGCCUAGCCGAACAGCUUUUCGCAGCCACGGCGGCCACCAAAACGGCCAUGGAAGGAGAUCUUAAAGGCGCCGAGCCCGAGAUCGUGCCCCUCGUGUCUGGCCAGGUGGCUGCGGAGUACACUUCGCGGCUUGGGAAAGGAAUCCGAGAUGCCGUGAUGGAAGCCGCGACUGCCACACUGCACGCGGCGGAAGAUAUGGGGCUGGAUGCGAAGGAGCAGAAGAACUUGGCAGCAAAAGCUGCUGCCAUAGCAGCCAGCAGCGGCACGCAGGACCUGCACCUGCCGGUAGAGAAAUGCGCUCAGCAAGCUGCCUGGGCUGCGCAGCAGGCUGUGGCAAAGCUUGGUUUCGACGUGGACAGGCAAGCAGUAGCGGCUGUCUCCGCUGCCUCUUCCUUCAUGGUCUCCGCACUGCGGCGGAAAGGCAAAGCUCCGGUGGAGCAGGCCGUUGAAGCCGCCGCGUCAGCAAAGGAAGCUGCAGCGGGCGCCGCCCAGAACAUAACACGACAAAUCCGCAUCGCAAUCGAUGUGGCUACGGCUGUGGCAGCAGAUGGGAUGAGACAACUAGGCCGCUCCUCGGAUCAGCAAGCAGAGGCGGCUGCAGAUGCCGUCCGUCAGGUGGCUGAGAUCGUUGGUCUGAGCCCGGCAGAGCAACAGCUGGAAGCCGAGAAAGCCGCGGCGCAGGUGAAAAGUCUUAUCGGCAACACCGGCAAGCGCGCCGAGGUGGCUGUCCACCCGUGGCAGGCGCUGGGCAGCUCGCCCACUCGAGAGCCGUCAUUGCUGCCGAACCAAGCGCAGAUAUUGGGGGCGGGGCCCGCGACGGAGAAGUCGUUCAUGCCCGAAUGUGCGCAAGCCGGCAUUGCCUACGAUGACAUCGACCACCCGACACUGAAUGGAGGAGUCGUGGACAACGCGGAGCACUGCCAAGUCUCCUGCAGCCUGAACUGGUUCUGUGAAAGCUUCACUUUUUUCCUGAACACGAAGCAGUGCUGGUUGCUUGGAAUCAAAGGCACGCCCAGACCUGAUCUAGAUGCUAUCAGUGGCCCUCAGGUUUGCGGCACGCGCAUGGAGGCAGCUGCGAAGGCCAUCACGAAAAGUGCUCUCGAUGCAGCGGAGAAGUCUUUUGCAUCAGGAGGUGGUGUCGAUCCCAAAAUCGCCUUGAAUCGGGCGGCGACCGCGGCCAGGGACACUGCGAGUUCUUCAGAGCUCCCAGAAGAUCGGCGCUGGGAGGAGGUCGCCCAUGCUGUCGGUGCCGCCGCUGCCUGGAUCGAUGAGCACAAUGGGGCGAGCGUUGACAAGCAGGUUUCGGCAGCUGCCAAAGCGGCGAAGUCUGUGGCAGAAAGCCAUGGUAUGACGCUGGAGAUGCAGCUGCAGCUGGCUGUGGAAGCGGCUUCGGCAGCCGCUGCCCUCUCUGCAGGCGAUGAUGAGGAGGCGCGGACGGAGGCAGUCAUCAAGGCCGCCAAAGACACUGCAGCGGCAAUGGGAGUGAGUGCAGAGGAGCAGACGGACCUGGCUGUGGAGGCUGCAGCCCGGAUCGCCGGGCUCGCAGCCAAGGAGGCAGGCAAAAUACGGAAGGAGCAGCUUGAAGCCGUGGCGGCUGCAGCCGACGCAGCUGCGCAAAGCCUGGGCCUACCGACGCCUCGGGCGAAGGAGGUCGCAGCAACCGCCACGAGUUCGGCAUACAUAGCGUCGAAGGACAUCAGCGCCCUCGACCCGAUACAGCUGGCCAUCAAGACCCUGGGAUUCGACCCAGAGACGGUUCCGAAGUGCUCCAUAGUGAACACUGCCUUCAACGACGAGACUCAUCCUGUCAAUGGCGGAUACGUGGCAUCUGCAAAUCAGUGCCAAGAGACCUGCCAGACCCUUUGGUACUGCGAGACAUUUACCUACAAUGUCACCUCGAAGGCGUGUUUCUUGCUGGGAGACAGCGCCACCGCUUCACCUUCGCAGCACGUGGUGAGUGGUCCAGUGAAGUGCGGCCAGCGGCUGCUGCUGAAAUUCGUGAGCAUUCACGAUGCCAUGCGAAGCAUGUCCAACUCGGCGCUUCAGGCUGCUCAAGAAGCUCGCCUGGCUGGAAAAGGCCUGACGGAACAACUCCACGCUGCCAAAACGACUGUGGAGAGCUUCACCGCUGAAGCAGAUUUCGCUCGGAGUGAUCAAGUGCAGAUGGCUUCGGUCGCCGUGGCUGAGUGCGCAGCCCGUGUGGCGAGGGAGGCUGGUCUCGACACUGAGCGACAGCUUCAUGCGGCAUCGCAUGCAGCACGGAAGGCUGCCCGGCAGGCUGGAAUGACCGAUCAGGAGCAGUGGCAGCAAGUGACGACAGCUGCCGCCGCCACGGCUCUGUUCCUGGCAGAUACUCCGAUGACGAGGGAUCAGCGCAGCCGCGAAGCUCGGCUUGCUGCUCAAAAGGUCUCACUGGUCUCGCCCUUCGCACCUGAAGUCCAGGUCGCGCAGUCUGCCAAGGCGGUCCAGAUCGCGAUGGCUUUCACGGGGUCGCAGACAUCCGACUUGCCAGUUCUUGCUUCCCAAGCUGCGCGGCUUUCCGCCGCUGCCAUUCAUCUACCCGAGGCCUCUCAGACGGCUUUGGCGGAUCAGGCAAAGCAGCAAGCUCUGGACAUCCAAAAGCACUUCGAAGCGAUGGUGGAUUCGAGCGUUACGGUGAAGAAGGAUGUGCUCCCAGGCCUUGGCGGCAUUGCAAAGGCACAGGGCGACGUUUCCUUGGGGUCGAUGCCCUCCCGGUUCGAUGUUCACAUCGCAGAGAAGGUCCAGGAUGCCUCUGAAUUUGGUGAGCUUCACGACGUCAUUAGCCACGCCAUUGACGGCACGACAGCAGCUCAUCUUUCUGCGGCCACUGCAGCAAAGGUGGACAUUGCAGCCAAGGACGAGCCAUUGGGCAGUCAAUCUGGCAUGCUUCGAGAGACAGGAGGCCCGUCGACGGAGCAGAAGCGAAGCUUUAUGUGGUGCACUGCCCUCGUCGUGGUGGGGGUGCUCGUGUUUGCUGGCGUAGUGUUCAUGGUCAUGGAGGCAGGAAAAGGCAAGAAGAGAAGCCGGAAACGACUGAGGAAGACCAGGUCUGGCACUCCUACGCCUAUGGCGGGUUUUGAGGGUUCAGACUCGGACUUACUUCUUUACGCCGAUGAAGCACCACACCCUGGCGAACCUGCUGGAGGCCCCAGGGAGCUGAGCGCGCCGCCGCAGAGGGCGUCCCAGGCUGCCGUGCCGCUGCCUGUCUGGGGCAGCCAGGACUGGGCUCUGGUUCAGAUACGUUAUCAUAGUUAA